AUGGCGGUGUCGUUCAUCACUAGGCUACUGACCCUGGCCCUCGGGUACGCGUACCCGGCGUACGGCUGCUACAAGACGCUGCUGGAACGGCACCCGCGUGAGAUAGAGCAGCUGCUUUUCUGGUGCCAGUACUGGAUUCUGGUCGCCUCGCUGACGGUCGUCGAGAGAUUCGCAGACGGCGCGGUGUCGUGGCUUCCCAUGUACGGUGAGGCGAAGCUGGUGCUCGUCGUCUACCUCUGGCACCCCAGCACGCGAGGCGCGGGGCAUGUCUACGAAGGCUACCUCCGGCCGCUGCUGGCGAGGCAUGAGGCGGACAUCGACCGUGGCCUGCUGGAGAUGCGGGCCAGAGCAAGGGACCUGACGGCGUCGCAGCUAAAGGCGGCUGCCGCCGUCGGGCAGAGGUGGCUCGUCGAGAUUAUCGGUCGUGUCACCUCGCAGCUACAGGCGGCAACAUCAGGCCGAGGCCAGGCAGGCGAUUUACAUUGA